AUGCAAUUAAUUAACCAAAGGCAGUCUAAAGACAGCCUGAAUGAGUGUAGCACUGUAGACACCUUCCAAGGAGUGCGAAAGGGUGCUCAAACUCAGGAGAAAAUCACCAACUGCAUGUCCAUGGCAGAUGAACAGAGUGAACAAAAACCAGGCGUUGAUCACAAGUCUCCAACCAGCUCAUCCAGGCAAAGGAUGGGAGAAGAGAGAGGCUGUGUGAGAAUGACAAAAAAAACUCUGCUAGACAUCUGUAAACAGCAGGAUUUAUACUGGACCCCAUACUUGAAUGAUACACUUUACUUGCAUUAUAAAGGAUUUGACCGCCUGGAGAACCUGGAGGAGUAUACUGGACUGAAGUGCUUGUGGCUGCAAUGCAAUUGCUUCACAAAAAUUGAGAAUCUGGAGGCUCAGACAGAGUUGCGCUGCCUCUACUUGCAGCUCAAUUUGAUCACCAAGAUUGAAAACCUUGAACCCUUACAAAAACUGGGAUCCCUCAAUAUCAGUAACAACUGCAUUAAGACCAUUGAGAAUCUCUCUUGUUUGAAAGUCCUGCAGACUCUGCAGAUUGCUCACAAUAAGUUACAAACAGUAGAAGAUAUCCAGCACUUGCAAGAAUGCCCAAGUAUUUCUGUUCUUGAUCUUUCCCACAACAAUCUACGUGAUCCAAAUAUCAUAACUGUUCUGGAGGCCAUGCCUAAUCUGCAUGUGCUGAAUUUGAUGGGAAAUGAGGUGAUAAAGAAAAUUGCAAAUUAUAGAAAAACACUUAUCGUUCGACUAAAAAAACUAACAUAUCUGGAUGACAGACCAGUAUUCCCAAAGGAUAGAGCCUGUGCAGAGGCCUGGGCUGUUGGAGGCCUUGAAGCUGAGAAAGCAGAAAGGGAAAAAUGGGAAACCAGAGAGAGAAAAAAAAUCCAAGAUAGCUUUGAUGCAUUAGCAGCAAUCAGGCAAAAAGCAGAGGAAAAGAAAAGACAAAACUGCAUGGAAGAAAGAGAUACAAGUGCAAAAUGUGGAAAUGGAGAUGCAGCAGAUAUGCUGGAAGCUCUGCCAAGAGAGGAGGCAGCUACUGACAAGGCCAUGCUUCCUGAACAGGAUGAAUAUGCUGGAAUUGAACAGUUAAGACUGGAGACACUGGAGAAACUUUAUCUUGAUGAACUGCCUGAUUUAGAAGAUGUAGAUGUAAAUGGAUUUCCCCCAGACAAGGAAAUCUUUGUUCAAAAGCAGGACUGUCGCCCAAAGAUUGAAAUAAUUUCCGAAGUGACAAAUGACUGCGAUUCUGCGUUAGAGGAAAACAAUACGAGCUUGUUUGAGGAUUCAGUAGAAGUUCCAACAGCAAUUUUUUCAAAUGUGUGUAGGAGUCCUACAGAGCAUGAAAAGGAGCACUUAAGGCCCUUUCUUGAAAGCUUCUUUAUAGAGCCUGCUAAUUCAGAAAGAUACCUGGAGAUCAAAGAUAAGCAAGGAGUCCCCUCAAAACCCUUGAUACAAGAGGUAGUCCCUGAGCCCAAGGACCAUCUACUGUUGUCACCAGUCUGCCACCAACCAGAUGACCCAAGCCCCUGGGAAGAGGAUGGUAAGAUUACAGUGACAUUAUCAGGGAAUGGCAGUGAUGGAGAAGCACAGGUCCUGGCUGUUGGAGAAUGGCUAACAGAUCAAGGACAUACUUCUAUGGAGGUGCUGUGUCAGCAGGGAGACACCCACCAUCCCAAACAGGAGCAGUAA